UAGUCCCUGAGGACCAGGGUUACCAAAAGUAGCUGGGUCCCCCCAGAGAGGAACCACGCCUUGCAUCUACUAUCAAGAAAGGAAAAACGGGAAAUUUAAUGUCCAGACACCAGACGUUUGUCGCAUUUCUGCCUCCACUGGAUAUUUGUCGGGCCUUUGACGGCAUUUCUGCCCGUUUCCUGCAAAAACACAUCAACGGUGGGUUUUGAGAAAACCGAAGUCUGGCAAGACUUGUGUUGUGCGCAGUUCAACUUUUGACAGCUUUGCGACCGGAUCCGCUGUGAACUACCAAGGAGAACUACUAAGUGAACUUGCAAUGGCAAAAAUGGUGAGAAUAACCUCAAUUUGCGUGGGGAUUUUGUUGUUGGUCGGGUCUGCCUUUUCCGUGCGGCUUGUGAAGAGAGAAGAACACGCCGUCGCCGCAAACCAGGACGAAAACCCGGGAGAACCGGCCAAGUACGUGGGCGACGUGGAGUCAGCGGCGGACGCCCUGACGCUGAAGAACUACCCGCAGGCCGACGAGCCGGCGAACAACGUGAUAGAACCCGAGCACGCGAACCACGGCGUGUGGGAGGAGUUGGAGCACGAGCAGGACAGGUUCAGCGGGAGAUGCUCGCCCUGCGGCUGCGGGCAGAGGGGCGACACGGGCCCGGCAGGACCGCCUGGCCCACCCGGUGCACCCGGACCGUCCGGCAUCCCUGGAAAUCACGGUAACAACGGUAACAAUGGUCUGCCUGGCCAGUCAGGACCAACUGGACACAAAGGUGACAAGGGCGAAAUCGGCCUGACGGGAGCCGAGGGUCAGCCCGGCCCAAUGGGGCCAAUCGGACCGCCAGGAUACAAGGGAGAAGCCGGACUGAUCGGGCCGGCCGGGCCUAGGGGACCAGCGGGGCCUAUCGGCGCACCCGGCCAGCCCGGCGCUAACGUGCCGGUCCCGGGACCGAAGGGACAGAAGGGUGACGCCGGUCGGGACGGAGUGGACAGCAGCAUCGCCGGUCCGCAGGGCCCGCAAGGAGACCAGGGGCCACAGGGCACUACGGGGAAACUCGGGCCACGGGGGUUACCGGGAUUCAAAGGUGACAAGGGUGCCGUCGGUGACGUAGGCCCGCAGGGUGACCAGGGACCCCGGGGAAUGCCCGGACCCACCACCGUGCCCGGGAUACAAGUCGGCGUGCCCCUGCAGUACAAGUACGUCGGCGACCAACCACAGAGCGACGACCCUUCGGCGGGGAGGCCGGACAAGUACGAAGAGUUCUUCGGCAAUCCCGAAGUCGAGCUUCGGGGAUACUCGGCCUUUUCCGCCGCGAGGAUCAUCAGCAUGGGCCCGGUGGAGGAGGACAGUAAGAUCUCGUUCCAACACGUCUUCGCGAACGUUGGGGAGAACUUUGAGGCGGACUCAGGCACUUUUACGUGUUACGUACCAGGUACGUGUGCGUACUUCUUCACAUUCCACACCUACCGGGCCACUAACCUGGAGGUACCGGCCUUCAUCCGCCUCAUGCUGAACGGAGAGUCUCAGGUCGCUGUGUACGAGUCAGACGACGACGAUUACCGUGACACGGCCAGUAACAGCGUUGUUCUGAUGCUGAAGGAAGGGGACGAGGUGUGGCUGCAGCUCGACAUCAACAGUUACCUGUCCAGCUCCGUGGACAAGCACACCACCUUCACCGGCUUCCUACUCUUCCCCAUGUAGUAACCGCCCCCUCCCCACCUCAAAUUUUUACCAUCUAGUAGCUAUGAGUAGCUAUUUGCUUGACUACGGGGCUAAUUUUACUCUAUGUAUCAACCUGUUCACACCCCUACCCCGGAAUCUCCAAGCAGAUACCCGAAACUCCAAGCAGAUAUUGGGUUUCUCCUCUUCCCUAUGUAU